CUCUGUUCAUCAUGACAAGCGAAAACACCAACACGAACGCGGGGAACAACGAGGAAACUGAGACAACCGAGCAAGACUGUCUGGACAGUAACUCUACGUUCUCCGGUAGAGUGGCUGUUAACGGCGGAGUAUCGCCGAAGGAACGCUUUACCACACAGACCGAGCAAAAGCAGAGCACCGCACAGGGACGUUCUGCAGUUUCUCUAACGACAGAGAUUCCCGAACCGGCCGUGGGGGCGGAAGUGGACUGCCCCGGGGGCAAUUAUGUAGAAGCGUCCACUUUGCGGCCACAAACCGAGGAGGACACCGGAAAGACCGCAGCGAAUCAACCUGUAACGAUCGCCCCCCCGUCGGGUGGUGGCGGCCGCCGGCGUCAGCAUCGGCCAGAGGACAGGAGCUGCUGCUGCUGCAGCGUCAAGUUUGAACGGCAGGGUCGCAGCUUCAACCGGAGGGCGGUGUUCACCUUCACCACCGUGGCUACCGUGCAGUGGGUCUUCCCGAACUCUGUGGUACACAACAAGUCUUUCCUAUGCGAGAACUGUGCGCAGGCCAUCCGGUCCAACUGCAAACGCAAACAGAACGGGAGGCGGUCUUUGUGGCUGCAACCGCCUCCCCCUAAAAAGUCAGACAGUGUCAAGAAGAAGAAGAAAGACCGCAGGAUGGGAAAGAAGAGCAAAGCAGCACAGCUGGUGAGCAAAUCCUGUUACAGGGCUGCUUUAAAGACACUCUGGUCUGCUAAAGGUGCCAGGAAAUCCAUGAUGGACUUUUGGAGUAGACAACUGAAAGAGGAGAUGAAAAUACUCUCUCGGCAGCGAGGUAGUCCAUUUCAUCAGAAGGUCUUGAACGUAAAGGCGCUGUCAUCUUUCCCCUGGCGACGAUGUCUGAACUGGGCCCAGGACAAAGCUCCACUUGUCACCACCUGCCUCCAGUCACUGUUCCCUGACAUCACCAACCUUACAAAGAUAGGCCACCCACUGUCAGAAGAGCAGGCGCAGACAGUACUGGAGCGUCGGGUUGUGGUGGCACUUUCCAUACCACUCUUCACCAGAAACAUCUGGAAGAAUAGUUUCCUGCAAGCUGCUCUGGGGGCUGAUCUGCGCCUACAGGGCUGCUCUGGUGCUGCCAUCGACACUCUCAACACCAUGGGACUGUGUCAAAACAAGGACACCGUCAGGUUACUGCUGCAGAGACUCCGAUUUGGCAGAAGGCCUAAUGGGCGACAAAUGAUAAAGAUAAAAGAUGAAGAGAUGCCAGACGUGGAGGAAGAGGAUAUUGAAGAGGUGGAAGAACUGGAGUUGGAAAUUGAGGACGACGACGAUGAUGAUGAUGAUGAUGAUGAUGAGGAAGAGGAAGAAGAUGAGGAGGAGGAAGAGGAGGAGGAGGCAGACAUUGAGUUGGCAGUAGAGGAGGUGGAGGAAGAUGGGCAAGUUGGUGUGCAAGAGGAAGAAGAGGAAGGUCAAGCAGCAAAGGACAAAGAAGAGACAAAGAGGAGGAAGAAGGCAAAGAAGCAGAGAAAGGAGAGAGGUAAACGAGAGGCAGAGGGGAGAGAAGAGGAGGAUGAUGAUGAAGGGUCAGAGCAGAAGAAGAGAAGGGUGGUGGUGGUGAGGCUUGAUGGUGACACACAGACAUUGGACGAUUUGACCUUUCAGAUCCCAAAGACUUUUUAGGCCCCUCCCUUAAAUGCAAACAGGCCACACCUACAAGCAAAGUGCAGGACACAGGGCCCGCCCUCAUUUCUGGGGCUUACUACUUUUUCAUUUAUUUUCACAGCUUCACUUUAAAAACAAUUUAUGUUUGUUCAUUGUUAACAUGUUAUUAUCCAAAUACUCCAGUUUAAAUCAAUUACAUGAGUGCUAGAGUCUUAACUGUCUGUGCAGCUGCGUUUGCAAACAUACAACCAUCAAAUAAAGAUAAAAUAUAUACUUGGCUUAAAAUA